AUGCGAACAGUCGUUGGUGGUGGUCUUAUACCACCCUACAACCAAGACUUGAGCGGCAAUUCUACAGGCCGACGACCACCAGCACAAUAUGGUCUUAGUUGGUAUUGGGAAACAGCGAGCGAUGGUCGUCGAUACAUCGGUCAUAGUGGUUCAAUGCCAGGCAUGGUACAUUUAAUGCUGCAAUAUGACUGUAUUCUUUAUUUAACACGACCACUUUAA